UGCUUUUUGUUUAGUUACAAAAAUUUGUUAUUCUGAGUCUAAUGCCAUAAUUUUGUGUUUUAGAUGGCUUUCGAUGGCCACCCCCACACAAGAGGCCCUGUCGCCAGCACAAAUGGUCUCAACAUACCCGGUGGCAAGCCGGCCUACUCGUUCCACAUGAACGGCGAUGGACAACCACAACCAGUUCCGUUUCCCCCCGACGCACUGAUGGGCCCGGGCAUACCCCGCGCGGCGCGGCAGAUCAACACGCUCGGUCACGGCGAAGUGGUGUGUGCGGUCACCAUCAGCAACCCUACCAAAUACGUGUACACGGGGGGGAAAGGCUGCGUCAAGGUGUGGGACAUCAGCCAGCCACAGGCCAAGUCACCAGUGUCCCAGCUAGACCUGUCUGGUCAGGAUAACUACAUCCGGUCAGUAAAACUGCUGCCUGAUGCUCGUACGCUUAUCGUGGGAGGAGAGGCUAGUAACCUAAGUAUCUGGGACCUCCUCGCCACCCCCACCCCUCGUAUCAAGGCAGAGCUUACGUCAUCUGCACCAGCUUGCUACGCCCUCGCCAUCAGCCCUGACUCAAAGGUGUGCUUUAGCUGUUGUUCGGAUGGGAACAUUGCCGUCUGGGACCUGCACAAUCAGGCACUAGUUCGGCAGUUUCAGGGGCACACAGACGGUGCUUCCUGCAUCGACAUUUCAGCUGAUGGCACACGGCUUUGGACAGGCGGCCUAGACAACACAGUGAGGUCGUGGGACUUGCGCGAGGGUCGGCAGCUGCACCAGCAUGACUUCUCCUCUCAGAUAUUCUCUCUAGGAUAUUGCCCGACGACGGGUGAGUGGUUAGCUGUGGGCAUGGAGAACAGUAACGUAGAGGUGUUACACACCCACAAGCCAGACAAGUACCAGCUUCACCUCCACGAGAGCUGCGUGCUGUCACUGCGGUUCGCUGCGUGUGGCAAAUGGUUCGUGUCCACAGGCAAGGAUAACCUCCUCAACGCUUGGCGGACACCAUAUGGUGCUUCAAUCUUUCAGUCUAAGGAAUCUUCUUCAGUGCUUAGUUGUGAUAUCUCUGCAGACGACAAGUACAUAGUGACGGGGUCAGGGGACAAAAAGGCAACUGUUUACGAAGUUAUUUACUGAAUGUUAGUGCGUGCGCGCGGGUGACUACAUUGUACAAAGUAUCUGUGUGGCUGUGUAUAGAAUAGUGGCAUUUGUGCCUCGGACUAAAAAAAAACAAAAGUGUAGUUUCUUUUUUCAGUUGUAAUUUUUAUUUUAAGAUCUGAUAAUUUAUUUGUGUAUAAGGCAUUUUCUCUCAGGUAUUCUGAAAGUUUUGUAUUUUGUUAUUGUUUUUUCUGCAUUCAUCAAGUGACAGAGCUUUGAUGUUUGGAUAUUUUAUCGCAUUUUUUUGUAAAAAUGACAAAGGCAUUCUUAUUUGUCUUGUUUUAAAAAUAAAUGUUUCCUUUUUA